AACUUUCUUCUGUUCGGUGAAAGCCCGCCGCCGAGAUCAGAUUUAAUACUCUCACUCUAUUCUUCCCUCCAAAACCCUCACACUCCCUUUCCUCUUCCCGCCAUUUCUUUCCCAUUCUAUUCCUUUUCCCCUUAAUCCCUCUUCCGAUUAGCUAAACCGGCGCCGGCAAACUAAGCCGGCUUCGCUCCGUCGGCGAUUUCUAUUUGCUGCAGAAGAAUUGAAAAUGGCUCCAUUUGGAGGCGAUCGCGAGGACAUUGAUUGUACCGACACCGAAGUCUUUGAUGGCCAUCUUUCACCGCCCUCAUGUUCUGGUGAGGAAACGGAUAAGGCUUCAUAUUCCUCAGGAGCAGAUCGUUUUUAUGAUGACGAUUUUGAAACUCAAAUAGUAAAUUUUGCUGGAGAAACUCAAGUCGUGAAUCCUCUAAAUGAUGAGUUUGAAACUCAAUUAAUGAAUCCUUUAAAUGAUGAGUUUGAAACUCAAUUAAUGAGUCCUAUAAAUGAUGAGUUUGAAACUCAGUUAGUGAAUCCUCUUGGAGAUACUCAAGUGUUCAAUGUUGCGAGUGAAACUCAAACUUUGAGUGUCUGUGGUGAAACCCAGCAACUUGAUGAUCCUAUUCCCGAUGGCAUCGAGUGUAUGGACUUCGACACUCAAAUAUUGAAUGAUUUUGAUGAUGAAAUGGCUGGUGGUUCCUAUGAAGACGAAGGAUCAAAGGGAACUGAAAUUAACGUCAACGAAGAUCUAACUGAUGAUGAAUCAGCACAAAGUUUCUAUCCAUCCAUGGAGAAGGAUAAGGUUCAAUUGAGCCCUCUUAGUGAACAUGAUGUGAGGAAGGAUUUAAAGGCGGUACCGGACAAGUUGCCUGAUAAAAAAUGUAAUUCAGGGCCUACACGACUUUCUUCAAUACGUGCAGCUUCAUUGCGUUCUUCUGGUUCAGCAGCCCGCAGUUCUGCCUUGCAGAAUAGAAAUCUUGGGUCAUGUUCUGUUAUGAUUGACAAGGAUAUAGAAAAAUCAUCCGUAAAAGAUAAUCACAUUGAUCAACAGACUGAUCUCGAGCAGUGCUGUGAGAAUGCUGGAGAAUUAGGUUACGUGAAGUGCAGAGCUGGCAGUUCAGCAGUGAGAAAACUUUUUACGAAAGACAUUGUGGGGGAUUUCGGAGAUCUUCACUCAAGUCGUGAUGUUGGCAACAUGAACACACACGAGUUGACUGCAUGCGAUGGUGAUCAGUUUGCAGGCUUAAGCUAUGUUGAUUCUCAAGAACCUGGGGAUUUAAUGCAAGAUAAUGCUCUUGAUUUUGUCGAUAAGUUUCUUAAAAACAAUUCUUUGGAGUUUGAUCAGGGAGGGGGUACCUGUAAAUUGGAUGCUAUCGUGCAAACAAAGUCGGUUCUUAGCCCUAAAGGGCAAUAUAAUCUGGCCAACAUUGUUAACUGUAUGAGAACAGUUGGAGAAUCAAGAGUUUUUGAUUGGGACGAUAAUCGGGAAGAUGAAGGAGGUGGGGAUAUUUUCUGCAGAAGGAAGGAAGAGUUCUUCACUGAACCUCGAAAAUCGAAAGGAAGAAGACCAGACUCGAACAGUGAUAGGGGAGGAUCUUUAAGUAUCCCAAACAUGAAAUCAAGGUUAUUUUGUUCUGAUUCACGCCUAGAGUUGAGUAAAGGAAGCAAGAAUAACGAGACAGCCCGAGAAGCCAAAGUCAAAUGUAAAAAGAAUCUAUGCAAUAAACUGGAUCAGCAGAAUGAUGGUGAUGCUUGUAGGGUAGAGUCGGAAGACGACGACAUCGAGCCUAAUCAGCAAGAAAUCCCUGAUGUAGGUUUCGAUACUCAGAUGGCAGCUGAGGCACUGGAAACAUUAUUCAAUGAUGAGAGCAUCAAUAAGCUAGUUAAUAAUGAAGCAAAUCAACAUUUGGAAAAUAGUCCAAAGGAUUCUUUUGGAGGCUCUCCUACUAGAAGGUCAAACACUAGCUCGAACACAAGGAAAUCCUCGAAAAAGGGACGUGCUUCUAGUUCUGGGGUUGUCCCGAGGCAGUCCAAGAAAAUAAACCGGAAGUUUUCUGGAAAUUUCAUGAAGGCGUGUGAAAAUGAGACUGUAAAAAUGUCAAGGAGGAAUAAUAAGACAGAUGCUGAUGGCAUCAUUGGUGAUGGAAACACAGGCAGUGUGCCGAGCAAUGUUGCUAAGGUUUCACCUGUUGCACGUCGAACUAGGCAUUCAAUGACAGUAAAUCAAUCGAAAAAGGCUAAAGUUGAAUCUGGUGAAUGUGAGCGGUCGGUUACAAAGGUUGGUCCAUUAAUCAAGAAAAGAAAUCCUGAUCGAGCCACUGGGGGCCCGAAGGCAAAGAGAACAAAAUCUCGGGAGGCAGUUUCUAAGAUACUUGUAACCAAGUCGAAAGAAGGCACUAAAAAUGAUGCAACAAGCUCCAUGGGACAACGAAGAUCGUGUGAUAUGUUAGCCGGUCAGGUAAGUCUGUCUGAUGAGUUAGUUGGACAAACUGUAAUUAGGCGCCCGAGGUCUUGUUCCACGAGGAAAACACGAUCGUCAUUAUGUGUUAUUUCAUCUCUGGCUUCAAAUGAGAACUUGGAAAGAGCAGGUGCAGAAAAAUCUAAUGAUGGAAAUAUAACAGCUAAGGAUGGAUGUAUGGUUUCUUCUGUUGUAAAGACUACGUCAGAUGAAUCUCCUAGUAAAAGACGUAAACCAUCCGACACAGUUUGUUCUACUCCGCCUGAUAAUUGUAGGACGCCUAUAAAUGCCGUAUCACCCGUUUGUAUGGGUAACGAGUAUUACAAACAAUCAUGCAAAAAGAGCCCCUUCAAACCAAGUCUUUUGAAAGAACUUCGUGAUUUAACUGCCACGGGGCUUGUAUCGGAACCCUUAUCAACUGAAUCGAGGAGGAGAAAAGAUAUGAACGAUGUUCAAGUCUUGUAUAGCCAGCACCUCGAUGAGGACAUAAUCAAACAACAAAAGAAGACGUUGACUCGCCUAGGGAUUAAAGUGGCAUCGUCCAUGACCGAAGCAACACAUUUCAUAGCCGAUAAAUUUAUUCGUACAAGGAAUAUGUUAGAAGCCAUUGCUCUGGGUAAGCUUGUGGUGACACACCAAUGGAUUCAGAGUUGUGGACAGGCAAGAUGCUUCAUCGACGAAAAAAAUUACAUCCUACGAGACGCCAAAAAGGAGAAGGAAUUUGGAUUUAGCAUGCCAGGUUCGCUGGCGAGUGCUCGUCAGCAUCCUCUUCUAGAGGGUCGACGAGUGUUGAUUACUCCAAAUACAAAACCCGGGAAAGAUGUCAUUUCGAGCUUGGUCAAGGCAGUGAAGGGCCAGGCAGUAGAGAGGCUGGGGAGGUCUAUGCUGAAGGAUGAUCAAAUUCCAGAUGAUUUGUUGGUUUUGUCAUGUGAAGAAGAUUAUGAUAUGUGUAUGCCUUUUCUUGAAAAAGGAGGUGCAGUGUAUGGUUCCGAGCUUCUGCUUAACGGGAUCGUAACUCAAAAGUUCGAGUUUGAAAGGUAUCGUCUUUUCGUAGAUCAAGUCAAGAGAACUCGGUCGACAAUAUGGCUCAAGAAAGAUGGCAAUAAGUUCCAUCGUGUUUCUAAACAUCAUUAACUUUACUUGAUCAUAUAUUUUCUGUUGGGGUGUUCUCUUUCUGGUAUGUGUUCUAAUGUGUAAAUUAUAAAUUAUAGUUUUCAUGUGCUCUAUAAUUUAAAUUUAUUUUAAUGUAAAUUUUAGGGUCUUAGAGAAAGAGACAUGCAUUACACUUUUGUAUGUCAUAAACUAUGUAAUAUAACCUUAUAUAACUUAUGUGACAUUAAUGUGGCAAUGUUUUUAAUUCUUAUGUAUUAAAUUUAUAUCAUCAA